AUGUCAGGCAAAGACGGAAAAGAUAGCAAAAAGGACAAGAACGACAUCAGCAAGGGCUGGGCCGAGAUCGAUGAAGACGGAGACAUCGAAAGCCUGUACGAUCCCGACCCAUACACCGUCAUCGAAAGAACAACGGAAGUUCAGAACUUUGACGAUGAAGCCGAGACCGAUGGGGAGGUAGACACUCCGCCGCCGGAUCAAGAGGAACGGAGGAAGGAGAAGGCCAAGCGUAGUGAGGAGGCAGCCGCGCGCGCGAAGGAAGAGAGGGAGAAGAAGGAUAAGGAGAAACCUUCUGGGUCGGGUAGCAAGAAGGGCGCGAGCAAGAAGUGA